GGAUCCGGAGCAAGUCUGCGGCAUCCGGAGCCCUGACGACAGAGCCAGACAUCAGGUCGGUUCCGGAGUGGGUGGAGUCGUGGGAGGAGCUUGCAGUAGUGGUCCUUCCGAACCCCUCGGCUUGUGCCCACACACGCAGGAAGUUGGGGCUUCUGCGGAGAGCAGGUAGGGGAUGAGUGCCUGCGUAGUGGGAUGCCCCUGCCAUGGAGCCAGGCAGCAUGGAGAACCUGUCCAUCCUGUACCAGAGCCGUGACUUCCUGGUGGUGAACAAGCACUGGGAUGUGCGCAUCGAUAGCAAGACGUGGAGGGAGACGUUGACCCUCCAGAAGCAGCUGCGGCACCACUUCCCAGAGCUGGCUGACCCAGACACCUACUAUGGCUUCAGGUUCUGCCACCAACUGGAUUUCUCCACCAGCGGAGCACUCUGUGUGGCUCUAAAUAAGGCAGCUGCAGGCAGUGCUUACAAGUGCUUCAAGGAGCGGCGUGUCACCAAGGCUUACCUGGCUCUGGUUCGGGGGCACAUCCAGGAGAGCCGGAUGACCAUCAGCUAUGCCAUUGGCAGGAACAACACAGAGGGUCGGGCCCACACCAUGUGCAUCGAGGGCACCCAGGGCUGUGAGAACCCAAAACCAAGCCUCACGGAGCUGGUGGUCCUAGAACAUGGCCUGUAUGCAGGUGAUCCUGUCUCCAAAGUGCUGCUGCAGCCCCUCACAGGCCGGACACACCAGCUGCGUGUGCACUGCAGUGCCCUCAACCACCCCAUUGUGGGGGACCUGACCUAUGGGCAGGCCUCGGGUCGGGAGGAGCAACCGUUCCGCAUGAUGUUACAUGCCUUCUACCUGCGGAUCCCCACACAGACUGAGUGUGUGGAAGCCCGCACUCCGGACCCCUUCGUGCCUACCCUCGACGCCUGCUGGAGCCCUCACACUCUGGUACAGCCGUUGGACCAGCUUGUCCAGGUCCUGCAGGCUGCUCACGACCCUAAGCCCACAGAAGGGGACACUGGGCCCUGCAGCCCCUCCUCAUGCCUGCCAGGGCCGGGCCGGCCCCCACCACACCCUGCCACUCCUCCUGAGACAGAGGCACAGCGGGCCUCAUGCCUUCAGUGGUUGUCAGAGUGGACACUGGAGCCGGACAACUGAGAGUAUGGGCCUGGUGUUGGGGUGCAGGCUGGAACUUCCAAGUGGAUGGGGGCUGUGGGUCAGAACCCUAAUCGUAUCAUCCCAAGGCACAGGUGUCCCAGCCACUGAGGACUGAGACUCCACCCCAAAUGCAGCAGCCAAACCUGGAAAAGAACGGACAGGGCCAGCAGGGGGAGCCAGGCAGCCAUGAUUAUGGAAGAUGAAGGACUCAUGGUGGUGGUACCAGCCCCCAGGGGAAACCUAGGCCUGUCUGUCGUCCCAGAAUGUUUUUCUGGCUCCAAAGCUUCACCUCCAGGACCAGUUUUGUAGAUUGUCUGAGGGUCACCCUGGAAAAGGAACUGGCCAGCCCUUUCCUGGGCAGGCUCCUCCUGGGCUCCUACUCCACCCUUAGAGCACCCUGCUCCCAAUUCUGCUCAGACCCCCUGUGAUAUCACCCCAGUUCCACUGAGCCCUGCAAAUCCUCACUUGUCCCCUGCCUGGCCAGUCCUGCUUUGUGCCUUGGCUUCUGCCAAACUCUGUCUGUAGGCCUCCUGCCUCCACCCACUUCCGGCUCAUCACACAUGGGGGAGGGUCUGUCUGUCCCUUGUGGCCUGACAUAAUGCUGCCUGGGGGGUCCUCCCACACAGCCACCCAUUAUUAGACUGCAGCCUGGGAGCCAGGGGAGCCCAGCCUCCACCUCUGUGCCCCAUGACACGCCUGUAUCACUCCAGCCACAACUGGGCUCCAGGACUUCAAAUAAAAGCUCAGUGACUAA